UGCGAUCCAUUCUUUUAUGAUGAUGAAAUUGCUAAAAACCAUUUUAAUGAGGAAGAACUUGAAGAAAUUUCUAGUAUUUCUGCUCCAAUGAUACAUAAUUUAUCGGACAAUAUUAUCGAAUAUCUCAAAAAAUUUGUAGACAAGAAAUCACCUAAAGAACUUCGUACAACUAUUAACGAGAUUGACGAAAGAUUCGAUAAAAAUUAUGAUAAGCAUAACUAUCAUGAUUUCGACUACAUAAGAUUUGCGCUUUAUGCAUUAUAA